AUGUGCUCCACCACAGAUGGCAGAAGAGCUUGGUGUGUGUGUAACUGUCCCUUCAGGGAGGACCUGUGGGUGCGAGAAGGGAAGAUCCUCAACCCAGAGAAACUCUUCUUUGACGAGAAGGGCUCUGCUGACAUCCAGCUGGACUGCAAGGACAGCAUCAUCGCCCCGGGCUUCAUCGACGUCCAGAUCAACGGAGGCUUUGGGGUGGACUUCUCCCUGGCUACAGAUGACUUCAAAUCAGGGAUUGACUUGGUCAGUCAGAAAAUCCUCUCCCAUGGAGUGACCUCCUUCUGUCCCACCCUGGUGACCUCUCCUCCAUCUGUGUACCACCAGGUUCUCCCUCAGAUCAGUAUAAGAAAUGGUGGAGCCCACGGAGCAGGUAUCCUGGGGGCCCAUCUGGAAGGACCAUUCAUCAGCAAGGAGAAGAAAGGGGCGCACCCGGAGCACUGUCUCCGCACCUUUGAGGCAGGUGCCUUCCAGGACCUGCUUGCCACCUACGGGUCCCUGGACUGUGUCCGGAUAGUCACCCUGGCCCCAGAGAUGAAGAGGAGCAGUGAGGUGAUCCGGGAACUCACCAAGCAGGGCAUCUGUGUCUCGCUCGGUCACUCGGUGGCUAAUCUCUCUCAGGCUGAGGAGGCUGUGCAGCAUGGCGCUACCUUCAUCACUCACCUCUUCAAUGCCAUGUUGCCGUUCCACCAUCGUGACCCUGGGAUCGUGGGGCUGCUGACAAGUGACAAGAUUCCUGCUGGGCGGAGAGUCUUCUACGGCAUGAUCUCUGAUGGCAUCCACACCAAUCCCGCCGCCCUACGAAUCGCCCACCGAGCCCACCCCAAAGGCCUGGUGCUGGUGACGGAUGCGAUUGCUGGCAUGGGGCUGGCACCAGGUCGGCACACACUGGGUCAGCAGGUGGUGGAGAUCGAUGGGCUGAACACCUACAUUGCAGGUACAAAGACCCUGAGCGGUAGUGUGGCAACCAUGGACACAUGUGUGCGACACUUCCAAGAAGCCACAGGGUGCUCAGUAGAGACCGCGUUGGAGGCAGCGUCUCUGCAUCCCGCCCAGCUCCUGGGGAUUGAACACAAAAAGGGGACACUAAAUUAUGACUCCGAUGCAGAUUUCCUGAUGCUGAAUGAUGGUCUGUAUGUGCAAGCCACGUACAUCGCGGGUGAGGAAGUCUGGAGACAGGAUGCGUUAGGCAUGUGACGCUGGGCUGUCCUGGUGCCCUCCGAGGCUCCCCGGCACUGUGGUUAGCAGCUUUGGUAACCACGCCACUUCUUUUUUUUUAUUUUUUUUUUAAUUCCUUCCUGCAACUCCCUUAAAGGAGCCUCAUACCAAAGAGCUGCGUUUUCCAGCGCAACCGCUGCUUCCAGU